AUGCCUACUGAGAUUGGCCGACUGAUUACCGCUAUGGUUACUCCGUUCGAUGCUGAAGGCCAGGUUGACUACGAACAGGCCAAGCGUCUCGCAGUGGCGCUGCUGGAUUCCGGCUCUGAUGGCCUGGUAGUAACCGGAACCACCGGGGAAGGCCCGGCGUUGUCGAUGGACGAAAAGGCCCGCCUGUAUGGUGAGGUUAAAGAUGCUAUUGGCGACCGGGGCGCGGUAAUCGCCGGCACGAGCGAUAACAACACGACUGCAUCCAUAGAGUUGAGCAAGGAAGCCGAGCGGGUUGGAGCCGAUGCGUUGCUGCUAACAGUUCCGGCGUACAACAAGCCGCCCCAGGAAGGAUUGUAUCGGCAUUUCAAGGCACUGGCGGAAUGUACGAACCUGCCGGGGAUGCUGUACAACGUGCCGAGUCGCACCAGCCUGAACAUGACCAACGAGACAACGGUGCGGCUGUCGGGAAUAGAUAACAUCAUUGGCAUCAAAGAGGCCAGCAGCGACCCGGUUCAGAUUGCCCGGGUGAUUCGCGACACUCCCGACGAUUUUCGCGUCUGGUCGGGCAACGACGACGAAACCUUUGGCAUCAUGUCGAUGGGAGGAUUCGGCGUUGUUAGCGUGGCGGCGCACCUGGUGGGGAACCAGAUCAAGCAGAUGAUGGGCUAUACGCUGGAGGGCGAUGUGGAAGCGGCGGGUGCGGAACACCUGCGUCUGCUCGACAUUUUCAAGGGCCUGUUCAUUGUGUCCAACCCCAUCCCGGUUAAAUACGGGUUGAACCGAUCGGGAUUCAGGGUCGGUGAGCCCCGAUUGCCGCUGGUGCCGCCGGACGAGAAAACCGCUGCCCAGUUGGAUGCGUUGCUGGAUCGCUACGAUAUAGAUAUACCGGUACCCACCGGCUAA